CUUUAAAAGCAGGAGUUUGGACUUCCAAUCUGAGAAACUGCUUGGCUGCAGAAGAUGGGUGACUGGGGCUUCCUGGAGAAGUUACUGGACCAGGUGCAGGAGCACUCAACAGUCAUUGGGAAGAUUUGGCUGACAGUCCUCUUCAUUUUCCGUAUUCUGAUCCUGGGCCUUGCUGGGGAAUCUGUCUGGGGAGAUGAGCAGUCAGACUUUGUGUGCAACACCAAGCAGCCUGGCUGCACCAAUGUCUGUUAUGACAAUGCUUUCCCCAUUUCCCAUGUCCGUUACUGGGUGCUUCAGUUCCUUUUUGUCAGCACACCCACCUUGGUCUACUUGGGGCACGUCAUCUACCUCUCUAGGAGAGAGGAGAAGCUGAAGGAGCGGGAAAGUGAGCUACGGGCUCUGCAAUCCAAGGAUUACAAGGUGGCAGAUGCCCUGGUGGUGAUCGAGAAGAAGAUGGCCAAGAUCUCUGUAGCGGAGGACGGAAGGAUUAGAAUCCGUGGGCCUCUGAUGUGGACUUAUACCAUCAGUGUGGUGUUCAAGAGCAUCUUUGAGGCUGGUUUUCUGGUUGGCCAGUGGUACCUGUAUGGCCUCAUUAUGAACUCACGUUUUGUGUGUGAGGGGUACCCAUGCCCGCACCUGGUGGAUUGUUUUGUCUCCCGCCCCACUGAAAAGACCAUCUUCAUCAUCUUUAUGCUUGUGGUGGGCCUAAUCUCCCUUGUCCUCAACCUUAUAGAGCUCUUCCACCUCUGUGGCAAGAACCUACUCAACACCAUGAAGGAAGGAGACUGCUAUUCUUUGUCUGCUCCUCCGCAACCCUGCGAUGCCAAUAGCUACUCAACCAAACUUUGUGAAAUGCCCAACAGGCCAUAUCAGGACAAGUCCUACUUCUACCUCCCAAUGGCUGAGAGGCAUAACCCACCCUACCAGGCCUACAACAAGCUGUCCAGUGAGCAGAACUGGGCCAAUUUCAACACUGAAGAAACCUUGGCCUUACAAGAUGGGAGGAAGCCCCCCGAUGUAUUUGCAACACAAGGCCCUGAAGUCCACGUCUCUCAGGAAAGACAGUCCAGUCGGCCAAGCAGCAGCACAUCCAAAAAACAGUAUGUCUAG